AUCGACCCAUCCGCCACGAGAUCAUCCUCGAGGACGGGGCCGUACCUCCGAGCGGUUGCAUCUACCGAAUGAGCGAGGAAGAGUUAAGUGUGCUUCGGGCACAACUCGACGACCUUCUAGAGAAAGGCUGGAUUCGGCCUAGCUCAUCGCCAUACGGUGCUCCUGUUCUCUUCGUCCGGAAGAAGAACAAGGACCUGCGGUUGUGCAUCGAUUAUCGCAAGCUCAACGCGCAGACCAUAAGGAACGCCGACCCUCUCCCACGCAUCGACGACCUUCUCGAGCGAUUGGCCGGCGCUUGUUCUUCUCUAAGCUGGAUCUCAAGUCAGGGUACCACCAACUCGAGAUUCGCAAGGAGGAUCGCUACAAGACCGCGUUCAAGACACGUCUUGGAACAGCACGACGGCGACGACUGGCACCCUGUGGAGUAUUUCAGCCACAAAGUGUCUCCCAUCAACUCGCUUGAUGAUGCAAGGAAGAAGGAGCUGCUCGCAUUCGUGAUGACUCUCAAGCGUUGGCGGCACUUCCUCCUUGGGCGUCGUAGGUUCACAUGGGUCACAGACAACAAUCCAUUGACCUACUACAAGACGCAGGAUACGGUGAGCAGCACGAUCGGACGAUGGAUGUACUUCAUCGACCAAUUUGACUUCACACCGAAACAUGUCCCCGGGCUCUCCAAUCACGCAGCAGAUGCACUCUCGCGAAGACCUGAUCUUUGCGCGAUGACAGAUCAUGCCUUCGCAUUCGACGAGGAGCUUCAACGACACUUCAUCCGGGCAUAUCAGUCUAAUCCGGACUUUGGCACGCUGUAUGCACAGCUAUCUUCGGAUCACCCGCCGGCCAGCCAUUACCGCAUUGCCGACGUUUACUUGUUUCUCCACUCGAGAGGCAAGGACUUACUAUGUGUCUCACGCGACCGUCGUCUUCGGACUCGCCUCCUCGACGAGUAUCAUGAUUCACGACUCGCCGGCCAUUUCGGAGUCAACCGCACUAUUGCACGACUUCGACAGCGAUUCCGAUGGCCCGACCUCAUUACCGAUGAGCCCGGCACAACAAUGAAACCAAGUUCGGCUCGACAUCCUCAGACAGACGGGCAGACGGAGCGGGCAUAUGAAACCGCUCAAAUGAUGCUCCGUACGCUCAUCCGUCCGGACCAGAAAGAUUGGGUUGAACGCCUCCCCGACAUCGAGUUCGCCUACAACACUUCGGUGCAUCCGGCGAUUGGCGUGACUCCAUUCGAGUUGCACCACGGUGGACGGAAAGGCCAGAUCUUUGCAGACCUUUUCCUCCCUCGACCAGCCGACAUUGACGCUGCCUGCUCUCUCGCUUCCGUCCGGAAGUACAGGGAAUUGCUGACUCAAGCCCGCGCAAAUAUGCAAAAGGCUCAAGUCCGCAUGCAGCAGCAAGCCAACAGGCGUCGCGUACCAUGUCCCAUCCUCGCCGGUGAUCUGGUUUGGGUCUCCGCGGAAGAGUUUGCACUGGAACAGGAUGUUUCACGCAAACUGCUUCCCAAGUGGUUUGGACCUUGGUCUGUGACAGCAGCCGCGGGCAAUGAGCCUGAUGGCCCUUCAUUUGUGAUCAACAUUCCAGAACAUCUGACGGUCCAUCCGGUCUUCCACGCCUCGAAGCUGGCAACAUACACGCCAACCAAGAGCGACGACUUUCCGGACCGACGAUCGCAGGACCCUCCUUCUAUGGAUGGCCAUCACGAAGUUGACCGCGUCAUCUCCGAUCGCAAGUACGGCAGCAAGCCGCGGCAGUACAAAGUCACAUUCAAAGCAUGCGAUCGCGACGGCACUCGGUGGAUUUCAGGCGCAGAUUUGAAAGCAUCCGCACCGCUGAUCUACACGCAUUAUGAAAAGCGGAGGUUAGCUCAGGAAGCUUCACAACCAGCCCCUCCCACCCGGACUGUGGUCCCUCCCUCAGACAGACAGCUUCGCCCUCGCAGGUAAGCUCGGUUCUUCAAGGAGGGGGGGGUGUGGCAUAAUGCGUAGCCACACGGGC